GCUUGCUUUCUGGUCCGAGCCUCUCACCAAGAAAGGAAGCUGUGGACUAUUGUGCAGGAGUGAUUUACCACUGAACCAUGCCAUGCAAGAUAGAGGGAGUGAUAUGUUGCUGCUUUCUACUGCCUGCAGCGGCGAUUGGAAGCACAGGAACACAAUGCACUGCAGCAAACAAAAGGAACUUGAUUUGCAAAUUUCCAUUCAACGUGAACUUAACGCAAAGCGAUUUUGCAGUUUACUUUUAUCCUGACGAUGGCGGCGAAGAGCCACUGGUGGACUGCGCAUGGGACAAGUCAGAGCUUAGAUGCAUCCAACAAGAAGAUUUCGAGUGCAAACACCCGGUGUCUGAAAUAGCUGAAAUCACCAUUCCAGAAACCUUUGGGGACAAAAAUGGAAGUUAAAGAUGUGUACCUGAAGGCCAUAUGCAUCAUACUGUCAAAUCCUGUCGACCUCCUGACGAGAGAGUGUUGCUGUGUCUAGAAGCCCGAGCGACAGACCUGGAGGUGGAGGAAGGUUCCAGAGUCCGACUUCUGUGCAAGACGUCAUCAGACCUGCUCGACAGAAGCCACCUGCAGGUGCGCUGGUACCAAAACGGACGGGAACUGAACAUGAACGUCACGCAGAGCAACAAAAUCAUCAAAAACAUCAACAACAAGAAAUACUCGCAAAAGGCGGACAAAACCCGCUUCACUCUCGUCAUCCGUAACGCCCAGUUGGAAGACGCUGGCCUCUACACUUGCGAGGGUUAUUAUGCCAACGGCUCUGUACUGUGGACAACCACUUCCCUUGCUGUCAAAGGUAGGCCAGGGCCUCCGACGUCUGUGGAAGUGCGAAGUUGCCAUGGAAACCGAGCAGAACUGGCGUGGCGGGCAGCCCCUCCUAACGGGGCCAAGAUCAGGGAGUACUCGCUGGAGUUCAACACCAGUGAGGAGCCGGACGUGUGGUACCCGUACUACGAGCGCAUACCCGGCGACCGUCACGAGUUCUUCGUGGACCUGCCCCCCUACGGCAUCUACACCUUCCGCCUGCUGGCCCGCAAUGACAUCGGCGACAGCCAGCCCAGUGACGUCACGCGGCGCAGCUGCACCACGCCGCCCGACAAGCCGGACCGCAGCCCCAAACAGGUGGUGACGCGCACACACAAGAAGGGCUACCUUGUCAUCGAGUGGACGCUGCAGUACUGGAAGUCCAGCGAGGGCCGGCGCAAGAUGCAGGAGGUUGAUAUCACAGUCACCCCCGACACCGUGGAGCGCCACCCAGUGGUGAGGGCCACUCUGGCCGGCCUACCCGCCAACAUAGCCCUGCGAGGCCAGGUUGCGGUGAGGAACACGCACUACACCGGGCCGCCCAGCAAGACCAUCGACUUCUUCACACCGGAAGGAACGCCCAGCGCCGUGCUGAGCCUGCCGACGGUGGAGGUGGAGGAGGACUACGUCCUGCUGUCGCGGGAGCCGCCGGUGGAACCCAACGGCUGCCUGACAGACUUUGAGAUCGGGUAUCAACCAGUGGAGGGCGCCCAGCUCGGCCCAGUAAGGAACCUGAAGCCCAAAAUAGAUGACCCUGAGACCUUGCAAGCCAAGAUCACUGGUUUGGAACCGGCCAAUAAUUACCGCCUUGUGGUGUCGGCACGAACCAGUUCCGGGCGGGGCAAGGGUUCACCUGUACCUGUAUAUAUGGUGGUGCUACCUGUCGUCGCUGGUUUGACUUUGAUUGCAGUAGCUGUUACUGUUCUACUAAAACUAAAACGAACGAAAAAGCAAGAAGAGAAUAUGAACAUGAAAUGGAAGCAGGUCAUCACCUCUGAUGUUUAAAAUGUUUUGCUCGUGUGGAUAAGUGUGAAGAUGAACUAGCUUGAUAUUAAUUCAGCAGACAUAUCUACAAUCACUUAGCCUAAGUCUAACACAAAAGGAAGAGAUUUUUAUAUAUUUGAUUUAACUGUCAGGAAAAUUUUUAAGUAAAAUGAAAUAUGGGAACAUGAUUUGGUGGAUAUAAACUCACAUUAUUUUUUUUUUCACUGCAAUCAAACACAGUUUGCUUUUUGUUUAUUGUUUAGGCCUCCUGACUGUUGUACACAGACUUUUCAAUGUUUUGUGUUUCCCAUAAUAUGCUGUUAUCACAGAUUCAUAAUGACUGUGUAGAUGUGCACUACAUCUCUGAACUGGCCUCCACUUACAAUUUGUGACUUUUGUUGACUGUUGAUUUCGCUUUCUUAUCAACAUAUUUCUGUCGUUGGGGGGCUGGUACUGCACGAGCAAGGUAAGUGCAUUAAACAAUAACUUUUGGUCUUAUUUUUCUUCUUCUUUUCAGGCUCUUUCUCUUUCAUCACUUCCUCCUCGUCCUUUUCCUUCUUACCAUCACCACAAAUGUUUUACCUUCAGACAGGCUCGCUGUUUUGUAUGGAAUCAGCUGGAACAUAUUUCCAGUGACCUGGACACAUUCCAGGCUCACAAGAGAAGGAGUAAUUACAAGGAAGAUCAAUUUAUUCUCUCAAGCUUAGUUUACCUUUUGAUUUACUGACACUCAACUUGAUGCUGAGGGAAUCAAAGAUUCCUGUUUCUAACACACACACAUUUCUACCACAACAAUGGAUUGAGAUUUAUUUUUGAAAGAAUAAAAACCGGAUAUUACCAAUGUCAA